UGGCCAUAGAAUUGUUCAUUAAUUCCUUCUCAACACUGAAAACAAUCUAAAAGAUAAACAAAAUAGAGCAGGACAUGCGCGUAUAUAUGACAACAACAAUAAUAACAACACACGAAGAUUGGAAAAAACAAACAAAAACAAAACAUGUUACAAUUGUAGAAUACUGUCAAAAAGAGUAAGAAGAAGUAAUGUAAAAAAGAUACAUUCGAAGAAGAAACAUUAAUUCUUUACCAGGAUCAAUCAAUACUUUUCGUACAUGGUACAACAUUAUAGUGUAUUCUGUUUUUUGUGGAUUUUUUAAUAUUUUAACAAUUAAGAAAAAAAUUAAGUGAAAGUGUAUUACAUUAAAACUAUUAAAAAGUUUAAACUACUAUGGAUCGUGAAGGAUAUGGGCCAGAAUUUGAUGAUCGUUUGAUAAAAUUAGUGAAAGAAAAUUCGGCCAUUUACGAUGUCAGUCAUCCACAUUACCGGCGAACCCCAGUGCGUAUGGCAAUAUGGGAUAAUAUAGCCAAAGAAUUAGGAGCACCAUCUCGUUUUUUGCAAACAAAAUGGAAGAAUAUACGUUACAAUUAUCUACAGGAACAAAAGUGUCUGGAAACGGGCACCGUUAACACAAACAUAAGAAAGAGAAGAUUCACAGAAGAUUUAUCCUUUCUAAAGUAUACAGCUUAUCGAAGAGAUGGCACUGGCCCCAUAAAAUCCAAUUGCAACGGAUCUGAUGACAGCAACAGUUAUAUGUAUCCCGACAAUUUAGCCCCUGCUAAUAGUAGUAAUACUUAUGAAGUUAUCGAACUCGACCGCAGUGAUGAUGAAUGUGACGAUUUUUUGCCGGAUGUUUCGGCAUUUUUAGCUCCAAUGAAUGAUAUAACACAAACCUGUCCACAAGAUCCGUAUGGUCUACCUGAUAAACCCGAAGAGGCAAAUGUUCAAACUAAACAAGAGCCUGCUGUAACAAUAGAUCACAGCUCAGGAGACAAUUCAAAACGUUCAGUUUCGCCGACAAAUUCACAAUGUUCGAAUCGGUCAUCACCACUGCUAACACCAAUUCUAACAACAAUAACCAAAAAUGGCAAUGAAAUGAAUAGUAUUAGUAAUGGUAAUACCCAAUUAUAUUCUGAGGUUACAAUCCAGCCUAUACUACGAGCUCCGUCACCUUUAAAACGUCCCUUAACAAUAUCACCGACUCAAGAUCAGAUGUUAACAAAUAGCGUAAAACGUAAAAAUACUUCUGCACUAGCGACACUUAAUACUGAUCCAAUUGAAUUAUAUUGUCUUUCCUUGGUUGAUUGUUUUCGAGCUAUGCCACGUUCGGAGAGAGAGAGGGUCAAAUUCGAAUUUGCUAAAAUCCUUAAAGAUGCCCACUAUAAAGAUCAAAUGUAAAACGCGACUUAACUAUUGCCCCUUAUUACAACUGCUGUUGUUGUACUUUUUUAAUAAAACGACUCGUAAUAAAGCCGAUAGUCUUUAGUGAAAUUUCUUUUAUACUUAUGUACUUUGUAACUCAACUUUCUUGAGAUAAUAUUAACAUUUAAUAGGUUGCAUUUAGACAACUAAUGACGGAACUCAAUUAUAAGUUUUACUAUAAAGAAAACAGUGUACAUACA